AUGCCUGGUGAGCAGGAUGGCCGUUAAGCCCGCUGUGCCAAGAGACUAUCGUGAGGAAAAAAAAAAUCUUAAAUGGCCUGUGUCCAGAAGCCAGGCAGUGGAGCGCCUGCCAAGGAAGGGCCCAGUCCUCCAAGCUAUGACUGGUUCCAAACAGACUCUUCAGUGACUAUUGCCAUAUAUACUAAAGAGAAGGAUAUCAAAUUAGACUCAAUAAUAAUUGAUAAUCAGGAUGAUUCCUUCAGAGCGGAAACAAUUAUCAAGGAUUAUUCGUACCUUAUACAUAUAAGGCUAAGCCAUGAAGUUCAGGAAGAUUUUUCUGCAAGGAUUAUUGAGAAUGUGGGAAAAAUAGAGAUUGUCCUGAAGAAAAAAGAGAAUACUUCUUGGAAAUGUCUUGGUCAUCCCUUGGAGAAUCAUAAUUCAUUUAUUUCAAGAAAAGAUGCAAGUCUGCACUACAGAGAGUGCCAGUUAAUUUCCAAGGAAGUCGUUACUCACGACACAAAGCUUUUCUUGAAGUUGCCACCAAGCAGUCACCUUCAGACACCCGUCGGGCAGCACGUUUACCUCAAGUUGACCAUUACAGGUGCAGAAAUAGUGAAGCCAUACACACCUGUGUCUGACUCCUUACUCUCAGAGUUCAAAGAACCACUUCUUCCCAACAAUCAGUACAUGUACUUUCUAAUCAAAAUCUAUCCUGCUGGCCUCUUCACACCUGAGCUUGACCAUCUUCAGAUUGGAGAUUUUAUUCCUAUAAGCAGUCCUGAGGGCAAUUUUAAAAUAUCCAAGUUCCAAGAACUGGAAGACCUCUUUCUGUUGGCAGCGGGAACAGGCCUCACACCGAUGGUUACAAUCCUGAACUUCGCUUUGACUCAGGUGCCCUGCCUCAGGAAAGUGAAGCUGAUGUUCUUCAAUAAAACAGAGGAUGACAUAAUUUGGAGAAGCCAACUGGAGAAAUUGGCAUUUAAAGAUAAAAGAUUUGAUGUUGAAUUUGUUCUCUCAGCACCUACUUCUGAAUGGACUGGCAAGCAGGGACACAUUUCACCAGCUCUUCUUUCUGAAUUCUUGAAAAGAAAUUUGGACGAAUCCAAAGUCUUCAUCUGCAUUUGUGGGCCAACACUAUUUACAGAGCAGGGAGUGAGGUUGCUGCAUGAUCUGAACUUUUCCAAAGAUGAGAUCCACUGUUUUACAGCAUAAUGAAGAACUGCCAUUGUCUUUUACUCAACUAGUUUAUCUGAAUUUGUCGUCAUUCGGGUUUUUUUAAGAACACUUUUGUAUAUAAUAAAAGGUUAAC